UCUUUUCAGUCCAAAUACAAUAUAUAUGUGUUUAAUUACAAAUACAAAUUUCUUAAUUUAAUUAUUACUAUAGAAAAUAUUUUGAUCCAAAAUCUACAUCACAUAAAUAAAACUAUGAAACAAAAGAAAAUAAUUUAAUACAUUGAUUAUCAAUAUUAAUAUUGAAGUUUUAUGAUUUAUAAUAAUUUAAAAUUUCUAUCAAAAUUAAUUAUUAUUUUUAUAAAAAUAAACAUCAGAACUAAAAAAUGGUUAAGUAUGUAGAUAUAUUAGUCCACACAAGGUGCGGGGCAUCAACUAGUUUGGCUUUAAUAUUGGAGUAAGGAAUUUAAUUUUUAAAACAAAUAUUUCGGGAUUUGUUUAUAAAGAAACAAUUACUAACAACACCUAUUAAGUAUAAUUAUUAUAUGAAAUAAACGGUUAACAAGUCACUACAAGAAAUAUUGGUUUUGAUAGCAGUAGAGGAUAGCAUUUUUGUCUUUCUGCUAUGGUUGACAUACCCGUUUGUUUUAGAUAGCGUUUGUAUAUUUUGAAACGCUAUGAUAGAGUAGUAUAUUUGGAAACGUUAUGAUAGCGGAUGUUUAAUAGCAAAAUAAUUAAAAUGCUAUGUUUGGUUUAUCUAAUCCCUAAACCCUAAACAAGUUUUUAAACCCUAAACUCCAAGUAUAAACCUUAAAAAUCUUAUAUUCUCAUACUAUAACUUCAAAUCUUGAAUUUUAACUCAAAUUUAUUCUUUUUAAGUUUAAUAUAUAACUUCCAAACACACAAACCUUAAUUCCUCAAUCAAACUCUAUACCCUAAAUCCUAACAUGAAACAUAUAUAAACCAUGCAUCCAAUACAUAUAAAUUUCAAAUCUAAAAUUUUAUUAAUCUAACAAAUUUUAAAUCUAAAUCUUAAUCACAAAUCCUUAUAUAGUAACUAUAACCCUUGUACUUUCAAAAAUUUUAACCCUAAAAUCAUAACAUAAAACACUUUACACAAACUAAUUAUAAAAACCCCAUUAUGCAGUUUUUGAAAAUCAUAUAACCAGAAAAAUCUAAUCAAAAUUUAUAUUUCAUAUGUUAAAUUACAAUAUAUAAUCUUUACAUUUAGGCAAUUUAUAAAACAAUUAAAAAGAAAUCUAAAAACAAUUUUAUUGCUUCUUUUUAUGACCAUUGAUUGAUUCUAAUCUAAGGGCUGAGAUUUUUCUUUUGUCUAUCUCCAACCUUCUCUGUCAUUGGUUAAUUUUUUUUCUCAAAGAUCACGGUUCUUAGCCAUUGAUGCAACGUAAUCCAAAGGCCACAAUUUAGUCUUUCUCUUUCUCACUUAUCUUCUCCUUUACGACUUUUUAUUUUUCUUUCUUCAGCAACAACAUCGACAAUUAAUCCAAUGAGGGCAAAGCAACUGGUUGUUGGACCACCAUGGUAGAAGAGACGACUGCACCGGUCUGAGUUCGUCGCUGUCGUCACCGGUCUCGAACUCGGAGGGAGCAUGGUGGUGCUUAGUAGCGAGGGUGAUUUCUGAAAGGGCGGCGGAGAGUGGAGGCGUGAAGAGUUCGAGGUGGUGAUGAAGUUUUGUCAAAGCAAAGCCCUCGCAACAUCGCAGUGCUCAUCCUCUUGUCCGGUGACGUUUUAAAACUCCUGAAGCAGGAUUACACAGAUGGCAAAGGAAUCUAGCGGUGGUGGUGGAGGUGAAGCCGAGCAAGAAGAAGAAGAGAGGUGGAGAAAGAGAGACGACAAAGACACACAAGGAAGAAGAGGAUACGGCAAGGUGGAUGGGAGAAGACAACACAUGUGGCUGAGAAGAUUAGAUUUAGGUUUAUUUUUUAAUCUGGGUUUAGGGUCUUUUUAAUUUUGGGUUUCGUUUUUGUAAUACAAUUUUAAUUAAUAAAUUAAUUUUAAUUAUAAAUCAAUUUUAAUUUAUAAAUUGCUAUUUCGAUAUAUAUUUUUUAAUUUUUUUUUAUUAUUUAAUAAGAUAAUAAUAACGAAAAAGAAACGCUAUAAAAAUAUAUUUAAUUGCAUACACAAAAGCGCUAUAAUAUAUAACAAUAAGAUAGCAGUGCAAAAAACCGCUAUCUAAUGUGUCUGACCUACUAUGACGGGCGAUGAUACAGCGCUUCAUAAACCGCUGUCGUAUCGUUAGAUAGGGUUUUUCGUCCGCUAAUAAAAGUCUUUUUUCUUGUAGUGAGUAAACGCGGGAACAAAUUAAUAAUACUUAAUACUUGACUUGUAUAGCGAGUAACAAAUUUUAGAUUGAAUGAAUUGUUAUGAAUAAAUAUCAAUUGACAUUAACAAUAUCUACCGAUAAUAUCAUCAUUACUUUUAUCUAUAUUUAGUUGAUGAUUUUAAUGACUAAUAUUAUAGUCAGUUUCUCUGACUUUUAUUAGAGAUAUUGAUCAAAUACAUAUUAUUAAAAAAAUUAUAUAUAAGUAUACUAAUAUAUCUGAAUUAAUCGGUUUCUUUGGUUUAUUCGGUUUGAUCGCUUAAUAUACUGAACCAUAUCUAUAUAUUGCGGUUUCUUAAAAAAUAACAUUCAUUCAAUUUAUUCGGUACUACCAUAUCCAGUUAAUUUGACAAUACUAAAUAUUUGUUUUCAAGCCGAGAUAAAACAAAUAGCAAAAUUAGACCGAUUAACGAAUAAUUAUGUACAGCCCUAGCUGAAAGGAAAAAGAAGAAAUCAUACCCUCAAUUCCGUGAAGGCUCAAAUAAUGGUUGAACUGCAUGUUCCCUCAGUUCCACGAGAUUUAUAACUUAUUAAACCAAGCAAAGGUCAUAUCAGUUUUCAGUUUUCACUCGACUAGUCACCUAAAGAAGAGUCUAUUUGCAUUGUAUUAAGCUCUUAGCUGCCUCAACAAGACUAUGGACACAAAAAGCGACCAUGAUAUUACCAUACAUGAUCUUCUUUGUUGUUUUUGAUGUUGUUAAAAAAUUAUAAAAUAGGACGAAAUAUAUAAUCAAUAAUGAAAUUAUCUUUUUUUUAAUUGACGUUUUAAACUAAUUUAGCUAUUUCUAUCAAUAUGUUUCAUUUGCUGAUUAAAAUAAUAAAUCACCUCAAUAUUAAAUUUUAAACAUCCACAUCUUUUAUUAGCGAGUAACAAAUUUUAGAUAUGUGAUACUCGACUUGACAACACUAAAUAUCUGUUUUCAAGCCGGGUACAAAACAACUAGCUAAAUUUUACUGAAUAACGAAUAAUUAUGCCCCGUCCGAGCUGAAAGGCAAAAAGAAGGAACCCUACCCUCAACUCCGUGAAGGCUGAUUAAACCAUGCAUAGGUCAUAUCGGUUUUAACUCGACCAGUCCCCUAAAAGAAGAGUCUAUAUACAUUGUAUUAAUAUUUAGCUGCUUCGAGACACAAAAAACAACCAUGAUAUAAUACUACCAUACAUGAUCUUCUUUGUUAUUUUUGAUGUUGUACAAAAAACUAUAAAGUGGGACAAAUCAAUAUGUUUCAUUUUCUGAUUAAAAUGAUAAAUCAUCUUAAAUAUUAAUUUUAAACAUCCACCGAUCUGUGGAAGUCCCUUUAUAGUUUCAUUAAUGUUUCUACACUAGGUACAAAGAAAAAGUUUACAAUGGAAUUUUAACAUAGUACAAGUAAACCCGGUGAGACAUGGGUCUUCAUAGGGCGGUUCUGAUAAUACAGUUAGACGUAAAUUCUUAGUAAUGUCGGUUGUUGAAUCGUUUAUGUGAUCUUUUUCAUAAUUGUAAUAUCCUAAAAAAACAUCCAGAUCUCUUUUAAAAGACAAGUCAGCAUACUUACGAAACACUUUGUUCAGAACUGUAGAUAUUUAAAAUGGAUCCAAAUAUAUUUUGAACUGAGAAAUAUUAUCUUUGUUUCACUUCAAGUCUCUCCAUAGCAAAUAGACAGUGUGACGAACAUAACAAACGGAAUCAUGACAAUCCCCUACCUACAACACAGCCUCCCGUAGAACCAACCAAUCAAAAUCCUCAGAAAGGCUUGGCUUUGUUUUCUAAAAGCAUCUUCCUAAGCUCCGCUGGAUCAAUCUCAUCCGCACAAUUAGAAGGUCUGUAAUAUCCUGUGACUGGAUCUGGAGCCCACGCAGACUCUGCCUCUUGAUUUGCUCUUUGUUCGAGCUUCUCCACGUAACUCUGGUGGAACAUCCCUUACUUAGUAAUCCUGGUGAUGUCGCAACGUAAUUACUCCUAGAAUCCAACAACAAUACGAUAAAUAUUAACAAAAAUAUUUUCACGGUAACAUUUUGUAUGUAGCCAAAAAAUACCUUAAGACAAUGGAACGAGAAACUGUAACGAUCCGAAUUUCGAUCUCGGAACUCGUUAGCCGGCUAAGGCCCAAGCAAUACAUCAAAACUAAAAUGUUUGUUUAUAAAUACCCCAUCUUCACAUUGUUUUCUCCACCUGCAUCAAAAAAAAGAAAUCAGAAAAGUUAGAGAGAAGAAGAAGUGAAAAAGAGAGAGAGUGAAAGAAAAAAAGAUAGGAACCACUGCAUGCUGCCACCAGGAGUCCUCGCCGGAGCCACCGCACGCCAGGACAUCGUCAAGCUCGUCAUCACCAUCAACCUCAGCUGAGAAUCGUCGGAAACCGCCGCCUCUUAAGCUUUGUUUUCGUCCGUUCAGUAUAUCGGCCAUAUCUUCUUAACCGUUGAGAAUCUCGCGCAUGAAGAGCCACCAUCGUGUUCCUCUCGUCGAGACAAAGCCGUAGCCACCGACCACGCCGCAAUCGGAGUCCGGACGAAGCCGCUAGAGCCUCCGGAAGCUUCGCCUCUGUGCGCGCGUGAGUUAUACGCGCCGCUGCCGGAAAUCGUCUCCGCCGCCAGACCACCGCCUCACCACUACCGGAACGCCGUCGCUGUCGCCGUGCUCCGCCUUCUGUCGCCGCCGUCGUCCGCCGUCACCACCGGUAAGCCAUCGCCGUCGCCGUCGGUGACCGUCGCCGGUGACUCGCCGACGACUCGCCAACUCGGCUGAGUCGACCCGGUGAGUCAACUCGGUUGACUCGGUUAACCGCUGGUUUGACUGGUUUGACCGGUUUAAAUUAAUUUCGUUUCGGUUAGGGUAAACCGGUCGGUUAGGACAAAUUGAUUUCUGGUCAAGGGUUGACCGGAUUGACCUUUGACCAUCGAAUUGACUUUUCCAUAAACCUUAACCAGACCCGUUUUAAACCGUUCGAAAGGCGUUCUCACUCGAUUUUUCGCCCUGAUUUCAGAUUUGGAGUCUAUUUGAGCAUCUGGAGUUCAUAGAUACCACAUUUCCCUAUUACUAAGGUGAGGGCUACUCCGUUAAACCCCGAGCUAGUUUAGUACUACCAUUAUGGAAAGUUUAGUUUCGAAACAUGAUCCGUCUCUGUGAAUCGAGUCUGUUUGAGAGUCUUACUUGUUCAUUAUUGAUAUUUAUUGUUAACCGGAAUUAGGAUAAUAGAGGAUUCAACGAUUGUGUGAAAUGAUUGAUGCUAAAAACUGCUAUAUAUAUGUAUAUACAUAGUUAUGAGUAGGGAUUAUGUGAUGAGGGCGUGAGUUCAGAGAUGUCUGAGCUUCGACACUACGGUAUGGUAUGGGCGUGAGUUCAGAGACGUUUGAGCUUCGACGCUACUGUUUGGGGCGUGGUGCAGAGACGUUUGCAUUUGACGCUACGAUGGGCGGGGGUACAAAGACAGACUGUACUAGCGACGCUUCGAGUAUAUGUAUAUAUCCUUAUGAGGAGAUGCGUGGUGCAUAGAGUAGCUAUGUACUAUAAGCGCAUGAGUUGUAACGGCUAGUCCUCUAGCCGAAUAUUGAUUGUUAUGUGUGGUGUAAUAGGCACCGUGUUUGUUUCAUGCUAGAGCUAUGCCUACAUUUUAGUAGUGCUAUGAACUCAGUCUGUGGUUUGCGGUUUAGCAUCCCAUACCUCGCUGGGCAACUCCCCUGUUGCUCACCCCUCCUUCUUUCCCCCUUUCAGGUGAGACCGACGAGCAGGAGUGAUUAUCGGACCGGUGCUAUUGGACUUUUGGGCUUCUAUCGCUUUUAUCAUUAUCGGGCUUUUAGGCCUUUGGACUUUUAUCGUUUAUGUUAUUUCCUAUUUCAGACUUACGGAUUUAUGUUGUCUUUAUAUUUCGGACUUAUACCGUUAUCUAUAUUUCGGAUGUUAUUUUAUAUUAUGGAUUUACAGCGUGGACGUUGACUUUUAUAUUUAUAAAUGAAGAUUUCAUAAACUAUUAUUUAUUGAAUUGUUUUUAUUAUUUCGAAAGUGACGGAUGUCACAGUUUUGGUAUCAGAGCGGGGUUCUGUCCCGGCUCCGACCCGGGAUGGCGAUUUUUGGAGACCUGGUUUUAUUCGGUUUUAUUCGGUUUUAUUCGGUUUUGACGGUUUUAGACGAUUUCAAAAUAUUUUCGGGGAUUUGGGGAUUUUGAAAAUGAAAAUAAAUAGCACAUUUCCGUUCGAUAUCACUUCUCCUUAAAUGUUGGUAUCAAAAGUUCAGCGUAUGUUGACUUUUCGCUUUCCUUUCAGAUGCCGCCAAGGAGAAGAACCACUCGUGCCCAGACCGCCAGAGCUGUUAGAGACGAUUUAGAUGAGCAUGAGCAGCCCGCAGUUCCGCCACCCGCGGCUCCACCAGUUGAUCAGGAUGCAUUGAGACAGAUGGUUCAGGAUGCCGCUAGACAGGCCGCUCAGGAGGCACUUCAGCAGAUUGCCCAGGAGGCAGCCAGGCAGGCCGCUCAGGAGGCUGCCCGAGUAGCUGCUCAGGAGGUUGCUCGUCAGAUGGCUGCAGUUCAGCAGGCUCCUCAGGUUCAGGUGCAGCAGGGUCCACAGAUUCAGGUUCAGCAAGUUCCACCGGUUCAGGUCCAGCAGGAUCAGCAGAUUCCCGCUCAGCAUGAUCAUCAGGAUCCCGUUCAGCAGGUUCCCCUUCCUCAGGUUCCACUGCAGCACGGACCAGCUCAGCAGUUUGCUCAUGGUGUUCAGGAUCUACCACCACCACCACCGCGACCUCAUGUUUACCCGGUUUAUGAUGAGAGGUUCUACAGGCUGACGCAUCAGAUGAGGAACAUGGAUAUGGAGCAUUUUAGUGGGACAGUGGAUGCUGUAGCUGCACAUGAUUGGAAGUUAGCCUUGCAGCGGAAGCUGGAGAUUAUUGAGUGUCCACCAGAGUUGUCGCUCAGAUUGACUAUGCAGUACCUUCGUGGAGAUGCUCUUAUAUGGUGGGAGGGAAUACGAUUGAGUCACCUUGGGCCAGAGAGGCUUACCUUCGCAGACUUCAUCCGAGAGUUCGAUAGGAAAUACUUUCCGAAGGAAGCUAUGGAUAGGAAGAAAUGCGAGUUCGAGCAUGUAAGCCAGGGUGAGAUGUCUAUCAGGGAGUAUGAGGUUGUGUUUAACCAACUUCGCAGAUUUGCUAGAGAGGGCAUUUUAGAGGAAGACCUGAUGAGAAAAUUUUUGAAUGGGAUGCGAGUGGAGAUUCGCAACAGGUGCCGUGUCGUCACUUAUCACAGAUUGGGAGAUUUGGUGGAGAAGGCUGCCGAGCAGGAGGCAGGUUUGGCAGAGGAGCAGAAGUACUCCAAGGCAGUUCAGCCUAAGUUUGGAGGGACUUCAGAGGCACAGCAGAGGACAUGGGACAAACCGAGCAUACAGUGCUUUUACUGUGGAAAGAUGGGACAUAAGAGUAGGGUUUGUCGGAGUAGGCUAUUUGAUGCUCAGGUUGCGCCACCAGUCAGACAGAUUGCAGCACCAGCAGCACCAGCAGCGGCACAUGUCUGCUUUGGCUGUGGUCAGCCAGGUCACUUCAUCAGAGAUUGCCCGAGGAGGGGAAAUGCGGCACUUCCACCACCACCGAAGCGUCUAGCCAUCGCUCCAUGUGCGUUUGCGGUUGGAGAUCCCCAUGGAGCUGAGCCGAUAGCGGGUAUGUGUUCUUAACAUACUUGCUUGUGUUAAUAUUUGUGGUUUUGUGGUUAUCUUGUAUAGUUCGAGAUUAGUGAAUGUCGUGUAUGAUUGGUUGUGGUUGGUGUGAGUUACCUCACACCUUAUUUGACUUAAGAGUUUUUCAUAGUUUUGUGAGUUCGCGUUUGGUUAAGUUUUAGUUUUUUUUGGGGGAUCUUCUAACCGAAAUAUAAGCAAAUUCAGAUUGUUGUUAUGGAGAGCAUGGGAACGAUCAAGAUUCAUCGCGAUAUACAUGUUAUCAUUUGAGUAUUAUGAUAGUAUCGUCGAGGUUUUUAUGGUGGGUCUAGUCGUACACCACUUUGUUGGACCAAAGUGGGGGAGAGACGUGAGAUGGAAUCAGCAAUGAUUCAAGAGACGGUAGAGCAAAUGGAAAUGCUCGAAGCUUAGGUUAGGAAGCCCAUGACCGUCAGAAGAGUUACGUGGAUAAGCGCCGUAAGGAUUUGGAUUUUGAAGUUGGCGACCUAAUAAAUCUGAAGGAGGAUGUUUCAAAAAGAAUCAAAGACUCGGAAUCUAAAGAAGCUUAACCAAAAUAUAUGGGAACAUAUCUCUUUAUUGGUCAGCAAGUGAAAUCAGUCUAGGGAGUGGUGACCAUGUAUCUAGUGACCAUGUUGGUCAAGGUUCGUUGGGAGGAAUAGGAUUCAAGAGGAGACCUGAGCCGAGCAAGGAUUAUUAUUCGAGGUUUUGUUACGAUGACAUUGGACAUGUCAGAUUAUGACUUGAAUUCGGGGACGAAUUCCUUAUAAGUGGGGGAGAAUUGUAACGAUCCGAAUUUCGAUCUCGGAACUCGUUAGCCGGCUAAGGCCCAAGCAAUACAUCAAAACUAAAAUGUUUGUUUAUAAAUACCCCAUCUUCACAUUGUUUUCUCCACCUGCAUCAAAAAAAAGAAAUCAGAAAAGUUAGAGAGAAGAAGAAGUGAAAAAGAGAGAGAGUGAAAGAAAAAAAGAUAGGAACCACUGCAUGCUGCCACCAGGAGUCCUCGCCGGAGCCACCGCACGCCAGGACAUCGUCAAGCUCGUCAUCACCAUCAACCUCAGCUGAGAAUCGUCGGAAACCGCCGCCUCUUAAGCUUUGUUUUCGUCCGUUCAGUAUAUCGGCCAUAUCUUCUUAACCGUUGAGAAUCUCGCGCAUGCAGAGCCACCAUCGUGUUCCUCUCGUCGAGACGAAGCCGUAGCCACCGACCACGCCGCAAUCGGAGUCCGGACGAAGCCGCUAGAGCCUCCGGAAGUUUCGCCUCUGUGCGCGCGUGAGUUAUACGCGCCGCCGCCAGAAAUCGUCUCCGCCGCCAGACCACCGCCUCACCACCACCGGAACGCCGUCGCUGUCGCCGUGCUCCGCCUUCUGUCGCCGCCGUCGUCCGCCGUCACCACCGAUUUGGAGUCUAUUUGAGCAUCUGGAGUUCAUAGAUACCACAUUUCCCUAUUACUAAGGUGAGACCAACGAGCAGGAGUGAUUAUCGGACCGGUGCUAUUGGACUUUUGGGCUUCUAUCGCUUUUAUCAUUAUCGGGCUUUUAGGCCUUUGGACUUUUAUCGUUUAUGUUAUUUCCUAUUUCAGACUUACGGAUUUAUGUUGUCUUUAUAUUUCGGACUUAUACCGUUAUCUAUAUUUCGGAUGUUGUUUUAUAUUAUGGAUUUACAGCGUGGACGUUGACUUUUAUAUUUAUAAAUGAAGAUUUCAUAAACUAUUAUUUAUUGAAUUGUUUUUAUUAUUUCGAAAGUGACGGAUGUCACAGAAACACUGCCGGAUGCGGUGGAGAAAGAGAUUUAACGGCGCCGGGGAGCGAACGAGCUGCCAUUUUAUUAUUUCGAUAUUCGAAUACUUGUGAUGUAAUAGGGUAUGUAUGCUGACCGAGAGCUUAGCUUUUAGCUACCGCAAAAGACGUUAUGUUCUUCCAGAGUAAACAGAUAAACAAUCCUUUUGCAGUAGCCGUCGGUGCUAAGCCGCCGUCAGAAUCUCCGGUGAUGAUUUUGUAGGAGUCUUUAUUAGGGUUUAUGGUGUUUAUAUACACAACGGCCCAUGAAUUUUCUCAUAAUUGUUGCCAAAGUUUACUGCGGUGGUAGACUGAAAUGUACGUUUACAAGAAAGAACAUCCUAUGCUGUCUUAUUUGUAUUGAAAUAAUGCAACACAUGAAAGAGUGUCUCCCAUAAUUUGAUCUCUGCAAUAAAAGUUGUAAUAUGUAAGUGAAGGGUUUGUGAUAAUACUAUCAUUGUGCUC